AUGUUCAAAGACCUUAUAAAUAGAAGUAGAAUUGUCUAUUAAAUAACAUACUAAAAUUUCCAUCUGCAUUAAAUUGCUUAAGAAAUUUUUGGUUGGAAAAGAGAAGCUGAAUUUUUGAUAGUUGAAUAUAAAAUAGAACAACAAAUUGUGUGGAAGGAAGCUGGAGAUGAGUUACUAAAUUAUACUUCAAAGGAAUCAGGAUUCAAUCCAUAAAAGCCAAUAAUUCACACAUCCUCAUCAAAAGUAUUAAUCACAUCUGAAUUGGCCAAAAAUGAAGGCUAUCAUAUUUAUUCAUUCUCUUAGAUGCUUGAAUAAUUGCAUCAGAAAAGAUUUGUAAUAUUUUUAAGUAAUCGAAGGAAAUUAUAAGCUAGCCCAUUACUAAUAGAGAAGUUAAAGUUUUGAUUGGUAUAAAAUAACAAUCACCAGUGCUACAAGGUUAAGAUGAUUAUGAAGAAGUAUAAACCUAGAAAGAUUGA